GGGGGACAGACAGACAGACAGACAGACAGACAGACAGAAACUCCUCCACCGAAACUCAACAACACGCUUUGUUUGAAAGUUACACCGGAGGGUCGCAACAGUUUGUCGGAGUGUUUAUCAACCAACCUCCGGGGGAAGGAAACCCCGAAGUUUGACGGUGUCCGGGCCGGACUGGUCCCGCUGCUGCCUGCCGGGCCGCGGUGCUGGAUGUUGGCGACGACGGAACCGGCAGGAGGAGGAAUAGUGAUGCCGCUGCGUCCGUGUUGACCGCAGCUCCGGCUCCGGCUCCCCGGGGGACAUGGCCGAGGCCCGGUCCGAGGAGGACGAGGAGAACCUGCGGGACGCCCGGGAGCAGGUGGUCCGACGGCAGCCGAGCAGCUCCGCAGGUCGUCCUGACAGACGUAAGCCUGAGCAUCGUCACAGCCACGGUCCUCUCUCGUCCAUCAGAGCGGCCAUCAAGAGAACCUCCACCAGGUCGACUUCGCUCUCGGAAACGUCCAGAGAGCGAGACAGGGAGCGAGAGCGAGACAGAGAGCGAGAAAGGAGGCGCCCGGAGAUCACCAUCCUGUCCGCAGAGCCGCUGGCCUCCACCUCCUGGUUCCCGGGGGCCUCUGGAGGGUUCCCGCCGCCCCCUCCGCCUGCCGCACAGAUCUGGGGCCCCACCAUCCCUCCGUCCGUACAGCCGCCUCCGUCCUACGAGGAGGUGAUCAGGGAGAAGACACAGGAGCAGGUUCUCCUGCCGCCACCUCCUCCUCCUCCUCCUUCCUCCUCCUCCUCCUCCUCGUCUUCCUCGUCCUCGUCGCGUCGGAUUUCCACGACAACCAUCGCCACGCAGACUGACCCCGGAUCAACUCCGGAUCCCCUCGACCUGCAGGUGACGGGACCAGUGAGACCGCCGCGACCGCCUCUCCCCUACCCUCCCGUGUCGUUGCACACUGAUGACAUCACCGCCAGCCAAUCAACACUCACCCCCCUGUACAGUGUCGGCCUGGAAACGAACACGGAGCCCGAGGCGGACGCACACACCUGCGCACACGCACAGUGUUGUGACCUUCUCACUGAACUCUGUUCACCUUUUACCGCCGCGGACUCGGCCGCUCCACCUACAACUGCUUCUUCCCACGCGCGGUUGGAGCGUCCGAGACCACGCCCUCGUUCCAAGCUCGGCAUCCGGCCAAUCGGCCGCAGCGAGGUCAAAGUUCAGACUUUGGUGAAGCUGCGCGAAGACGGUUUGGCCACGCUCGCCGCCCGCACGGCAGCCGACACCGCCGCCAACAACCAGGAAGUGAGUCAGGGCAAGUACCUGCAGGAGCUGCUUGAGGCUUUCAGCGCCGACGACUGGGGCUUCCCUGAUCGCCACAGCGACAGCAGCGGGCACAGCCAAUCAGAGAGCGGGAGCGAGGUCGAGGAAGAGGACAUGGCGACGCUGAAAGCAAGGAUACAAGCCUUCGAGCAGCAGCAGCAAGUGGCUGAUGGGAGCUGUGGCGACGGUGACAACAGAGACUUUGUCGUCACAAAGAGACCUGAACCCAGGCCCCGCCCCCGUCUCCAGGGGCAACCAGCAAAAUCUACCCCUCCCGUUGUCGCCCCGAAGCCCAAAAACUUCUCACAGGCCCCCAAACCGUCCAGCAAGGGAUUCUGGGAAGACGUUGGCGAAGACACAUCCCCGUCUGAGGACCAGAAACCUGAACCAGAACCUCCUGCCCUGAAACCCUCCCCGGCUGUGGAACCCCACCCCCUCAAAACCCCCGACAAACCCGCAGUCGCACCCAAACCCCAGUCCGCCGCAGAGACAGCCCCCCCCAGCGUCUCCGUCCCCGUCCCCGCCCCCAGGCCCCCUCCGCCAAACGUCACCCGCUCCCUGAGCGACGCUCCCAACCCCAAACCCCCGCCCAGACCUCCGGUGGCCCCCCGGGCCGGCACGGGAGCAGCACCCCCAGAGAAGAGCACCGCGGCCGGGCGCACCACCCUGACUCUUCCCCCGAGAACCUCGGUGGAGGUCGGCAGCGGAGCCCAGGACGCCGAGAACCAGACGGCAGACGUGAACGCGGAUUCUGAUCCAUCUGACGCUCUGGUUGUUGUUCCAGUGAAAGUAGGAAGUGUUCGUCCGGGCAUCCCGACCAAACCGGCAGCGCUGACCUCAUCGCGCAGAGCCAGCGCACCAAACCUGGCACCCAAACCUACCGGAGCCUCGUCGACGCAUCUGGAUCCAAACCCGCUCGCAUCCAAACCUGCAAACCCCAAACCACCCGGACCAAUCGCCAGCGGCGCCCCGGUCCCAGUCAAACCCCCGGUUCCAGCCCCGGCUCCGGCCCUGAGGAGAAGCCCUGUUAACCAGAACCCCUCGGACCCUCCUCUUCCUCCACGGCCUUCAAGCGCCAAGCUCCUCCCCCUUCGCCCUCCGCCAAUCAAAUCCAGCCCUGGGCGACCGCCGCCUCCGUCCGUCCACUCCACCUCCUCAGCCAACCAGGCCCCUCCUCCUCCUCAACCUCCUCCUCCUUCGGGAGCCACUCCCCCUCUCUCUGAGUCAUCAGCCGGCCAAACCACGCCCCCUCCUCCUCCUACUACUCCUCCUGCAAUGGCCAAUCAGCUGCAGGCUCAAAGGAUCUCAAAGAGAGGACCCCCUCUGCCCCCCCGACCCAAACCUGGACAUCCUCUCUUUAACAGCUACGCGAAACAGGAAGUCCUGAUCGUCCUGGACGACGCGCUGCCGUCCAUCAGAAAGAGUCCAACCACCGUUGCCCCUCUCAUCAGCCAAUCACUGUGUCUCCUGGACUCGGACACACAGCCGAAGCCGGUCCCAGAUGACCUGGAGAGCCCGUUCAAACCCGCUCUGGAGGAUCUAGACCCGUCGGAGUCUCAGUCCAUCCUGCCGGCGCAGCCUCCAGAACAGAAGUUACAGCCGGAGCCGCCUCCCGUCAGCGGCCCACGCUGCACCGCCCUGUUCGACUACGAGGGCGAGGAGGAGGACGAGCUCACCUUCUGCCAGGGCGACGUCAUCGCCCUGCUCGAGCUCGUGGGGCAGGAGUGGGGGCGGGGCCAGAUCCACGGGCGGGUGGGGAUAUUCCCUCUGAGCUUCACCAAGGUGGCGGAGCCGCUGCCGUCGGCGGGGGAGGCGACGAAAGCGGCGCCCACGGACGCGAUGAUUGACGGCACCGGUCCAAAGACAUCGCAGGACUCUGAGACAGAGGAGUGGGCUGUGGCUCUUUUCGACUUCCCCGGGCAGACCGCAGAGGACCUGUCCUUCCACAAGGGGGCGCUGAUCCGAGUGACCGAGCACGUCGACGGCGAGUGGAGGAGGGGGAAGCUAGAGGGGAGGGAGGGGAUUUACCCCGCCGCCUUCACACAGCCACACCAGGACCAGCCCAUCCCAGAGCAGCAGUCGACGGGUAAAGGCGUGGCCAAGGCCGUGUUCAACUUCGCGUCAGAGAGCGAGGACGAGCUCACACUGAAGGUCGGUGACAUCAUAACACAGGUGGAGGUGGUGGACGAGCAGUGGAUUCUGGGAGUUGUGGGCGGGAGACGUGGGAUUGUUCCCAAAAACUACAUUUCUCUUCUCUGACGAGGGAAAUCCUGAAAUGACGUUGGGAUUUUAGAAAAAUGACUUCCGGGAGACGACGGACAGACAUGCAAAACAUGGAACUCCUGACCUGACGUCACCGUGACAACCCAGACAACAACAGAACACUGACGGACGCUUAUUUUUUUGUCUCGUGUUGUUGAUAUUUUCAUCCGAGCGACUUUUUCUUCCCACGACUGGAUUUGACUUUUUAUUUUGGAUUCGAUCGACUCAUGGACACAUGGAGCCGCAUGAAGGGAGAGGAAGUAAAAAAAAAAAAAAAACUUUUAUUAGACGACUACAGCUUUUCCUGUUAGAAAAAAACCAACUGUCACUUGGAGCCAAAUGCGUCCGGAUGUCGUUCGUCCUGCCGAAGCCUCCGGACAGGAAACAGCCGAUUGGGACGUUUCCUGUUUAGCGACGUCGUCUCUGGUACUCUGGAACCAUUUCUAUGUUGCACAUAUUUCACAGAUGCGUUCUAACAAAAAGCUGAAAAACUGGAUCAUUAUAGGAAAAGAAACCCAGGGUUAGUUUUUUUUUAGUUUUAAUCCGUCAUCAUCGCUGUCAAACAUUUUCCAGAGAUAAAAAGCUUGAGCUUCAACACAACUUGAGUUUUCUGACUACAUACAUGUGGAGGAGAGAUAUUCAAGUGCAAGUAAAAAGAAAAAAGAAAAAAGAUGGACCCCGCGUCUCCACUUCCUGCCGUUGUAAAAAAAAAUGAAUCCAAAAUAGGUCUGAUACAGAGUAGUUAGUUCGGAGUCUGCGCAGUAUCGAGGCCCGGCCCAAACAAACCCUCGACCAAUCAUGGGUCAGUCUCAGCUGUCAAUCAUGAUGUCUCCGCCCAUUUGUACAAUGAAAUCAGUGUGAUAAGAACGACCUGAAAUGACAGAAACCCUCUUUGGAAACAUUUAUUUAACGUCUACUUUGAUUUUUUGUUUUGUUGUUUGUUCAUGUCCCAUCUGCUAACGUGGAGGGGGGCAGGGCUUAUGACCUAUACUGCAGCCAGCCACCGGGGGGCGAUCCAUGUGUCUUGGCUUCUCUCUUGGGGGAGGUGUCAUGUUGUCCAUCUUUAUAUACGCGAUCUAUGGUUUUUAAUUUUAGGAAUAUUUUUGGAAAAUGUUUGGCACUGAAUUGAAAAUAGACUUAAUUUGUAUUUAACAGAUUAAAACUCAAACAAAAAUAAAUAACCAUGCACAGAACAACAAACUAAAACUUUCCAGUAUAUAUGAUACAAAUAAUGUUUUAGGUUUAUCAAAUGACUAAAAUAAGAUCUGCAACAUUUCAUAGUCGAUGAUAGUCGGGAUUAAAUAUCGUGUAUAACUACAUAAUUCAUACGAUGUAAGACUAUUGUAGUGACAGUUAAGCUAUUAUGUACACCAGGCUUUUAUUUUGAAAGACCUUCUGUUCUUCUUCUUUCGUUAACCGUCGCUCACAUGUUCCUCGACAUUUCCUCCGGGACAGCGCUACAUUUCAAAAAAACAAAAACAUUUCUCACGUUUCUGGACUGGAUCUUGAGUCGUGAACUCGUGAAACUUAAACUUUCUUAAAUGUGUUUUUGUUUUAGUUUUGUUAUCGAUGAUGAAACGUGAAGGGUUAUCUCUACAAACGUGAUGACGAUGGAUCCGUCUUAUGAACCUGUGACCUUCAGGGCAAGUGACAAAAAAAACCUCCCACAUGUUUCUCUAGUUUUUUUUUUAUAUACAGAAAAUGUCAAUAUUUAUCCACGCAAAGUUUCAAGGCAACGUGAAAGAAAAAAGCAUUUUUUCUGACAGUUUAUUUCAAA